GGUGACUCAUCUUGACCGUCGCGGUAGUCUUUGACGCAGCAGCUGACAGCGCUGCCGACGUGGCGGGGCGGAAGAGGAGCUGUCUGGUACCAAGCGGAUCACAAUGUCCCAGGCUGACCCAUCUGAUGCGGAGCCCCGCUCAGAUCUGACACCUCCAGCCAGCCACGUCCCCAACACUAGUCCUGACCCGUGUCAGGAUGCCCUCGAUAACCCGGCUCCACUCCAGCCUCCUCUCACCCCCGAGAGGGCUGAUCUUCCACAGUCCACCAAGGAGACAGAGGACACAGUUGCCAAAACUGUCCCAUCAGAGGGCGAAGCGGAGCCGCCUGCUGACCCUCAGGUUAGCGAGUGUGACCAACCGGUGAGCCUGGAGCCGGACGCAGAGACCGCAGAGGACGACGGGGAGAUGUCACUCGAGGGGAAAGAAAGCUGGGGCGGUUGGGGUUCCUGGGGAAAAUCUCUUCUAAGCAGUGCUACAUCCUCCGUUGGGCAGAGCUUGACUUCGGUGAAGGUGAAGGCGGGAGAGGCUCUUCGCUUCCACAAGACCUCAGUUGGAGAGGAGGCACAAGAAGAUGGAGAUGAAGAAGAAGAAGAAAAAGAAGAGGGAAAGCAGGAGGAGGGAGCAGAGGAGAAGAGAGCGGGAGGAGGGGAGGGAGGGGAAGCCGACCCGUCCACCUCGGGGGAGACGUCGUCUGGGAACGCUGCUUCUCCCAGCAGGGGGGUUUUCUCUACGAUAACACAUGCUGUGCAGAAUACUGGGAAGUCGGUGAUCAGCGGAGGUCUGGAUGCGCUGGAGUUCAUUGGAAAGAAGACCAUGACCGUUCUCGCCGAAAGUGACCCUGGUUUCAAAAAGACGAAAACGCUGAUCCUGAAAACUGCCACGCUGAGUCAGAUGUUGAAGGAGGCCAAGGAGAAGGAGCGAGCGCGUCUUAGCAACCAGCCAAUCAGCGCUCCCACAGCUCACUACGGUAUUCUGUUUGAUGACUACCAGGGCUUGUCACACCUGGAAGCCCUGGAGAUCCUGUCUAAUGAGAGCGAAGCAAAGGUCCAAGCCUUCCUCUCCUCUCUGGCAGAAGAAGAGCAGGACGAGGUGAAGAAGGAACUGAUUUUUAUCAAGGAGAUUUUCACCAAGCAGCCAGAAGAAGAGGAGGAGGAGGAGGGAGGAGGGGAGGAGGGAGGAGAGGAAGACAAAGGACAGACGAAGGAUAAUGGUGAUCUAAGUUCCCAAAUACACUGUUCUACCCCCCUAUCUUCCGACGGCGAGGAGUUUGUUAGCGUUCUCACUGAGCUGCUGUUUGAGCUUCACGUCGCCGCAACGCCGGACAAACUCAACAAGGCUCGAAUGAGGGCCCAUGAUUGGGUGAACAAGGUGGAACCGAACGUCGCUACAGCAACAGCUGAACGGCCAGAAGAGACCUCGUCUGGAGAAAGCAAAGAGGAGGAGCAGAGGAAAGAUGGUGAGGAGCAGCAGGAGCAGAAGAGCGAGAAGGAGAAGGAGGAGGACGAGGAGGUAAAGGGAAUAGAGAAAGAUGAGCCAAAGGAAAAUGACCCCAAUUCAGUAGAGGCAGUCUACCUGUCAUCAGUCGGCAGCCUGGCUGAAGUGACGGCUCGCAGUAUUGAGCAGCUCCACAAGGUGGCAGAGCUCAUCCUUCAUGGCCAGGAGCUGGAGAAAGCCGCCAGGGACCAGGCGCAAAUCCUCUCCAGGCUGACCUGUGCCAUGUGUAAGGAGGUGGACUGUUUGGCCAAGAGGUUCUCUGAUACACUCCCUAUUGUCGGGGGCCAGAAGAAAGCAGAGGACUUGAAUCCGUUUGUUGAUAGUGUGCUACUAGAGGGCUCCAACAGCACCAACUACAUCCAUAAUGCGUUCCAGCUGCUGCUGCCCGUCCUGCAGAUCUCCCACAUCCAGAGUCAACACUGCCGAGCCGCUGCAGAGCCGGCAGCUCAGUCAGAACACUAACAUCCUCACUGCUCAUCCGCUCGUCCUAAUGUACAGUUGUAUAGUAACAUGUAAAGAAGGGAUUUUCCAUGUUAAGUGCUUUUAUCUGGAAAAAGUCCCAAACAGCAACGACAGCAAGAAGACAGAGAAAUAUAUAGCCUUAAUGAUUAUGCAUUAAUUAAUUAAAGAGUUAUUAGCUGACUUAUGUAGAAGCUGCUGACAUGGAGGUUGCGUGUGUUUAUUUACCACUUUGUGUGAUGAAUGUUUCUUUGGCGUGUUAUGCACCUCUAUCGCUUUAAGGAGUGAACAACACUCUCGCUCAACGGAUAUUAAAAAAAAACGUGUUGAUCGCUGAGCACCUGAACCAAAAACUGAAAGUUCCAGAUUGUAUUGAAGGUGAUUUAAUCUAUAUUAAGUUUUCUUUGCAAGUCUCACAGUCUGUUAUUAUUUCAGAAAUAGAAACACUAAUUAAUUACCAUCUCAACUGUUUUAAAACUAAUUAUCAGUAUUAGUGAAAUCAUUCAUUAAUUUUUUUAUUUCGUUUUUUUAUGUUAAAUUAUGUGAAGCAACACUAUCUUAUAUUUUGUUCUCAAACAAUCUCAUUUAAAAAUAUUGAAAUGCUCUUUAUAAUAAAACAAUUAUGUGUCCUGUAGCCUUACGGUGUACAUUAAAAAUGUAAUAUAAGUGUAA